GGUCACCAGAGUAGUGUAUCCACCUUGUUGUGCAACCAAUUGCUUCUCCACGACUCGCUCGCAACGAAUCUACAAAAUAGCCUAAUAUUCUUUGGCCAAGCCGAAUAUACUUUAGCCUGAAGCUCUUGUUCACGGGCCAUGGACUAUACACGAAUCGGCCGAUCUUCUACCGUUCCUGCACGAGUCGGUAUAAAGGGGGUCGAUGGCCUGGUCUUGGGGGAUUCUCUCGAUUCUCAAGGCAUCUGCUCGUCUUUUAGAAUGUCAUCAUGAGGAUUCUCUUUUUUCUCGCAUCUUUAGGCCUCGUGGCCGCUGAAAACGGCUUAGAUGGCUGGCUUCGUUACGCUCCACUACCGUGCUCCCACCCAUGUCAAUCCAAGCUUCCUGCUAGCAUUGUGGUGCUCAACGCGACCGAGACGAGCCCCGUAUAUGUUGCAGGCUCAGAAAUACAGGACGGAUUGAAGAGUAUCUAUGGUACUCGUGCUACAAUCAGUAAGGACCAAUGCAAAGAAUCUUCCUCUGCCAUUGUCGUCGGCACCGUGGAACAGUAUCGCAAGGCUUGUGGAUCCGGGGGCGAAAUUCCAGACCUCGAAGAGGAUGGGUUCUGGCUCAGCACCGAAGGGCAGAAGAUCCGUAUUCUCGGAUCCACUGAGCGUGGUGCACUCUACGGUGCCUUUGAGUAUCUGUCGAUGCUGGCACAGGGCAACUUCUCCAAGGUCUCCUACGCCACCAGCCCAUCUGCACCAAUUCGCUGGGUGAACCAAUGGGACAAUAUGGACGGUAGAAUUGAGCGAGGCUACGGGGGCCCUUCGAUAUUCUUCAAUAAUGGCGCCAUCGUCGACGACCUGACUCGAGUCAAGCAAUAUGCCCGGCUGCUCGCCUCGAUUCGAAUCAACGCCGUGGUGGUCAACAACGUCAACGCCAACGCUACUUUACUUGCCCCGGACAACCUUAAGGGACUUGGUCGAAUCGCGGAUGUUUUCAGGCCAUACGGUAUUCGGGUCGGCAUUUCGCUCAAUUUUGCAUCCCCCGAAGACCUGGGUGGGCUAGACACUUUCGAUCCGCUCGAUGCGUCGGUCAUCACUUGGUGGAGUAACAUCACCGAGCAGGUGUACCAUCAUGUCCCCGAUAUGGCAGGCUACUUGGUCAAGGCUGAUUCGGAAGGACAGCCGGGUCCUCAGACAUACAAUCGCACACUGUCCGAGGGUGCGAACCUCUUCGCCAAGGCAGUGCAGCCGUACGGCGGUAUUGUCAUGUUCCGUGCGUUUGUCUACAACCAACUGAACGAGUCGAACUGGUCAGCAGAUCGUGCCAAUGCCGCUGUAGACUUUUUCAAAGACCUAGAUGGCCAAUUUGAUGAGAAUGUUGUGGUGCAAAUUAAAUACGGACCUAUCGAUUUCCAGGUUCGCGAGCCAGCAUCUCCCUUAUUCGCUAAUCUCUUCAACACGAGCACUGCUAUUGAGCUCGAGGUCACCCAGGAGUAUCUGGGCCAACAGUCGCAUCUCGUCUAUCUACCUCCUCUGUGGAAGACUAUCUUAGAUUUCGAUAUGCGGGUGGAUGGCAAGCCUUCUCUCGUACACGAUCUUUAUACUGGCAAGCGCUUCAAUAGGAAAUUAGGUGGCUCAGCUGCUGUGGUCAAUGUUGGUACCAACACGACUUGGUUGGGAAGUCAUUUGGCUAUGUCAAACCUGUACGCAUACGGCCGACUUGCAUGGAAUCCGGCAGAUGAUGCCAUGACCAUACUGCAAGACUGGAUCCGUUUAACAUUUGGGCUGGAUCAAACAGUGCUCAGUACUAUUACGAAUAUUUCGAUGGAGUCAUGGCCUGCCUAUGAGGGAUACAGCGGAAACCUGGGAAUCCAAACACUGACCGAUAUCCUGUACACUCACUACGGACCCAAUCCUGCCUCCCAGGAUAACAAUGGAUGGGGUCAGUGGACCCGCGCAGACCACAAUGGCAUUGGAAUGGAUCGCACUGUGAGCAAUGGCACGGGCUUCUCAGGGCAGUAUCCCGACGAGAUUGCUGCUAUGUACGAAAACAUCGACACUACGCCGGAUGAUUUGCUGCUGUGGUUUCAUCAUGUCAAUUACACACAUACCUUGCAAUCUGGCAAGACAGUCAUUCAGCACUUCUACGAUGCACACUACACCGGGGCGGCGACAGCGCAGACAUUCUCCAAACAGUGGGAGUCACUGAAGGGAAAGAUUGAUGAUGAACGAUACAACCACGUCCUCCGUCGACUUGACUACCAGUCUGGGCAUUCGAUCAUCUGGAGAGAUGCGAUCAACAACUUCUACUACAACCUCUCUGGUAUUCCUGACGCAGCCAACCGGGCGAACCAUCACCCAUGGCGUAUCGAAGCAGAGAGCAUGAAGUUGGACGGAUACAAGCCGUAUACGGUGAGCCCUUUCGAGACCGCUUCUGGUUCCGUUGCUAUUGUGACUGCCUCGAACGAGACUGUGGGCACGGCUACCACCACGAUCAACUUCGCCUCUGGAACAUACGAUCUGGCAGUGAACUACUAUGAUAUAUACGGAGGGGAGUCUCAAUGGCAGAUUUACUUGAAUGACAAGCAAGUUGGUGAAUGGGUGGGCAAUAGUGAGUAUGUCUAUAGCCACACCCCUUCUAUCUAUCUAGAUGGCCACUCUGCUAUUCGUGUCAAGUUCCGUGGUGUCAAAGUCAAGGAAGGCGACACACUGAAGAUUGUGGGCAGGCCCGAUGGCGUUGAGCCAGCUCCUCUGGACUAUGUCUCAUUCUUGCCGGAGGGGUUGGUGGAUUGAGGGUUUGGGUUACUUGACUCGAUAUAUAUAGAACGGCCG